AUUUCAAUUAGCAUUAGAUAUUUUUCUUUCGAGUACUGCGAAGGCAGUUUCUUCUAUUGUUCAAUGGCAUUUUCUGUGCGGCUUGUGGUGGGAGUUAUUGGAAAUAUAACUUCAUUGGCUCUUUAUCUGUCACCUAUGACAACAUUCUGGGGGAUAUACAAGCUCAAGUCUACCCAAGCUUAUUCAGGACUUGCAUAUGUGUGUACUUUGUUCAACUGUUGUCUUUGGCUACUUUACGGAGCCCCAUUUGUUAAACCCCACAGCACUUUGCUGCUCACAAUAAAUGGUGCAGGAUUUAUUCUGGAAAUAUUUUAUCUGCUAUCCUUUCUGACAUUUGCCCCUAAGCAGGAGAAGGUGAAAACAGUGCGUUUAACCAUUGCAAUGAUGGUUGCUUUUCUCUCGGUAGUUGCAGUUACGCUUUGUGCUCUGCACACAUACAGUACCACACAAUUAGUGGCUGGCACUUUAGGUGUGAUUCUUUCCAUUGUUAUGUACGCCUCCCCAUUAUCCGUCGUGGGAGAUGUUAUCAGAACCAAAAGUGUGAAGUACAUGCCAUUUUUGGUCUCUCUAUUCAGCACUCUAAACGCACUUGUCUGGUCUGCAUACUCUGUAAUGGCCAGGGAUAUCGUUAUAGCUGUACCCAAUGGCAUUGGUUUCCUUUUAGGAAUAACUCAGCUCGUUGUUUACCUCAUUUACAGAAGCUCAGAAUCAGUUUUACCAAUAUCUACGGAACUUCAGGAGCUUCCUGAAACUAAAAAGAUAGAUGAUGCAUUUGAUCUGCCUAUCCACAUAUUGGAGGUGGACGCCUCGAAUGUUAUCAAAGUGGCUCCAGUGAAUCUUCAUACAGCUGAUCAAGUUUGAUUUAGUUUUCAUCGAUCAAUAAUUAACAAGUUCUAUACAGAGUACAGCUUCCUCAGACUUUCACAGUCUGUUCAAUUCAAUGAAAUCAGCAUUAGCAGAUAAAAGUGGAGGAAGAUGGCUAUCUAAUAAUUAAAACAACCAGUACCUCUGGCAGAGGGAAAAUGUAGAUAGAGUUGACCACUUGGGGAGCCUGAUUGUAACCUUUUUAAGUUCCUAUUUUUCAGUAAUGAACUAUU